AUGGAACAUAUUCGACAAUUCGAUUGGUGCUAUUCUCAGCCAGACAUAUACUUUGUAAAGGAAGAAGAUUUAGCUCACAGUGUCACAGAGAAAAUACUACGAAACAAAUUUCAUGACCCUUUAAUAUCAAGUGACUCUGAGGAUGAGAAGGUCAACGUAGACUGGGAUCAAGUUUUCAAUAAAACACAGAGUUUGGAGAAAGUGCAUCGGAUCUUCGUCCCAUGUCUCACUGCAUUGCCACAAUACCUCAAGAAGUCUGCUUUGACUGAACAACAACACUACCAAUGCAUCAAAGUGCUCUGUUCACAGAACUUGCAUGUUCUAGAACAAGAAUUCAUUCCGAGACCUACGAAGAGUGAUUAUAAAGUAUUCGAGGAGUUAAAACCUAUUUAUGAACAGGAACAAAAAGAGUAUCGAGAAUGGGCCAAAACUCUUUGGGCGACUACUCAUUGUGUGAGAGCAUUGAGGCCAAAACCAAUUUUGGAAGCGGUUUAUGAAGCAUUAAUUAAAUUAAAAGCUCAUGAAAUGCAGUGCUAUCCAAAAACUUAUAGUUUAGCAGCACAGAUACCCCUCGACUAUAAGAAUGACUCAUUUGAAAUGGUUUUAGAAGAGGAUCUUAUUAAUGUGGAUUUAUCAUCGUUGCCUAAAAUAGAUAAAAUUGAUUUAUCAAAGAAGUUUGUAGUCAUGAAGCUACACCCCCUGCCAGAGCCUUGCAACAAACACAUCUGCAGGUUCAUUCUGCCGAAUGAGAAAACUAUGACAAUGUUGCCGCUAUGGUCGGUUCAGGCAGAGUUGGCACAGUAUUGUGUAGAGCGAGGCGCUGUCUGUAUGGCUUCAGAGGAGGCGCUCGGCUGUCUCGUUGAAUUAGACAGACCCUGGGACCUCGCCCUGGCUGUUCAUCAGGUCAUUGACCCAGAUGGUGAGCCAGUCAACAUAUUGAUACUGGGUGAUGAGUUUGUUGUGAACAAAGAGUCGCCUCUCACGAGGACCUACAAGGCGUUCAAGUACUUAUUAGAACAAGAAUUAAUAUCAGCAUCAGAAAAAUUAAAACAAAAUGUGGAAAAUGAAGAUAUUUCAGAUGAAAAUACUAAUGAUAUAGAUUUAGAUGGAAGCUCAGACGAUGAAGGCAAUAGACUUUGUAUUGAUGAUACAAAGAUGGACAUAACUAAUGAACAAACACAAGAUGCAGAGAAAGAGGAUUCAAAGAAUGGAAAUGAAAUGCCGAGUGGAAGAUUAGAUGCUGAUGAUAAUGACUUUGACAUGGACAAAUGUACAUGUAAAGGGACCAUGUUCGAGAAGCCUCCUCCAAGAUCGUUUAGAAAGUGGCGCAUCACUAACAGAAGCAAUAAUGAGAGUUACAGUGUGAUAGUACACUGUGAGCAUCGCCUGAGGGAUAAACAGUCGGAACUGAUCGUGGAGCCCACUCCGGAGUAUCAAAUAGAGCUAGGCGCGGCCGCUGUGAGCCAGGCGCGGCUCAGGAGACUCGCACUGGCAGCCAGGCUAAGAAGAAACGCAGCAUUCAUGCAUGUGAGACUGAACGCCGGUACGGGCGAGGUGGCGACCGUGGAGCGUCUGUCCGCGCACCAGUUCGUGUAUCGUCACGGCUCGUGUGACGUCAUCGGUCACGUGCACGCCGCACUCACACAGCUACAGGGAUUGAGACCUGGGAGAUACGUGCUGCGACAUGAGCCGAGUCACGGCUCCAACGCCCUGCUGCUGUCAGCGGGUGACGGGACGGGGCUCCAGUGUCCGCGGGGCGAGGAGGACGCGCUCACACUGAGAAUACCGCCUACAAUCACUACCGACCUGCUGCCAUACCACAAGUUCCGUCGUAUUCUGCCGUGUGCGUUCACUCCUCACGAGCGUCAAGUACAACGUCCGCCCGCGCGGACACUCGCUCGUAACAAGACUCCGCCCCGCGCGCUACAGUGGCCCAAGAAAAAGAAGAAGAAAAAACCGAAGAAUUGA